AUGACUGACCCCUCAAUGGUCUAUUUUAUCAUUGCAGAAAGUAAACCAUGUCUGGUGAAGUCACCGGAACACCUGUUGCCAAAUGUGGCAAAACUGAGUAAGUUUGGUGUGGUUCUUGACUUUAUUCAAUCUAUGAUAGGCAACGACACUUUACGCAAAGCCUUCAACUUCCCGCAUUUGGUUCUGGUCGGUCGGCAAAACAUGGCAAAGACCACCCUGAUAAACCGUCUGAUCGGGCGAUAUCUUCUCCCAAUGCGCCGCGGUAAAACUGCCAACACCUUAGAGGCCCGCACUACGUAUCCCAUAAUACUCAACCUUCGAAACGGCAAAAAGAGGCUCGUGGAGGUAAAAUGCGAAAUACCAGGUGUAGGAGGGACUGUGGAAGAUCCCGACGACACUACCGUGGAGACGUUUCUCAACGAUGUCGCAGCACAUUUACCAAAGGAAAUGGGAACUCCAAUUUCGAAAAUCCCUGUUAAUGUUACUCUGCAAGGUAUGUAUGUGGAUGAUAUACUUGUAGAAUUAGAGGACAGCGAGAUACCAGAGACGAGCGAGGGUAAGGGUGCAGGGGCCAUGAAACUGAAAGAAAAUCUCAUCAGAGAGUUGAAUAAACUUCUUUUUAACAACACUUCUGACAUGGCUGGAGGUGAACGCGUCAGGCAGCUGUUUAAUUCAUUCCACCAAGAGGUUUUCAAGGUGGAUCCUCUGGAGACGCGUAAUGACGAUGAAAUACGAAGACAACAGCGAAAAUUGGAGGGCGUGGCUGCUCCACUUGGCAACAGCAGUGAAAACAGUCAGUUGUUACAGAGGUUGCUGUAUGAGAAGUAUACAGGAUUUAACGCCAAUGGUAAACCUGUCACGCUUUCGAGUCCAGUUGAUCAGUUACUACCCCUAUCAGAGAAACUUGUCAGAAAUGUUGAGACAACUCUACGAGAUAUCGUCCAAAAGGCCAUCGAACAAACCUUCUCGAAGUUCCCAACUCUCAAACAAGCAGUUGAAGCGAAAGUUGUCAGCUUAAUUUUUGACAAGAAACGCGACCAGACCACGGAAUUCAUCCGACAGUUCCUGGAAAUGCAGAAAAAGAGCACCGAUAUCGUUUUCGCCCCAAUCCCCACAUCACAAGAGAUAAGCAACUGGGAAGCGUUUCCUCUGAAAGAUCCCAGGAAGCCUCAUCCAUGCAUGACGUCAAAUACGCUAAGUCACAUGAAGUAUCUUGCGGAAAAUCUCUACCCCGAGAAGCUACUCAAAGAGAUUGAAGGUUCUGGGUCACAGUAUUAUAUGUAUAAGGUGAGAAAAGGGAACUUUUACGGGUAA